AUAAACUUGUCUUUAGAUUGUUGGUUUAAUCACCUGAUUAAAUUUAGUGCAUUGACAGCAUAUUGGCCUUCAAAAGUUCUGGUUUGUGGGUUCUGGUUCCUCCCUAUUGAAUGGCAGUUCACGUGUAAGAAAUGCAGAGAUAUUUCCGUACAUGAUUCAUCAGCGCAUCAAUAUGCUAAAGAUGACUUGUGUGCCAGUCAUUUAGAAUUGCAAAACUUUAUAAAGACUGCACCAAUUUUUAUUGGACUCAGUUCUAUUGGAAGUAUGGGUUUCUUAAAAGACCCAUAUGCAUUUAUAUGCAUUCUUCAGACUGUCCUGAGCACCACAAAUUACAGAUUUAUUCUAUUUACAGCUGGAUAUGAACCCUUAGAAUCAAUUGUUCGUAGCAUUUCUAACGAAGCAUCAUUUGAGCUGAAAAAUUGCAGCGACGAUUGUGUUCCUCUUUGUAAUGGGCGACUCUUGUGUUUUUUUGGUUCUGUACCAUACGGUUGGCUAUUCCCAAAGUGUGCUGCUGUAAUUCACCACGGAGGCAGUGGAACUACUGCUGCUGCAUUACGGGCAGGCACACCACAGGUAGUAUGCCCUUUCAUGCUAGAUCAGUUUUAUUGGGCGGAGAGAAUGCAUUGGCUUGGCGUUUCGCCUGAACCACUCAGCAGAAAUCAUUUGCUUCCUAAUAAAAAUGAUGACACAAGUAUCCAUGAAGCUGCACGUCUACUAUCAAUGGCAAUCCAUGAUGCAUUAUCACCAACAGUCAAAGCACGGGCUGCAGAAGUCGCUCAAAGAAUAUUGCUUGAGGUAACAACUAAUCUUGAAGUAGGCGAUUUUAUAUAUAUAUAUAUAUAUAUAUAUAUAUAUUUUUUUUUCGCUUUUGGUUUCCAUCUACGUGUUAUAGGUUGGGUUUAUACUUUGUUGAUUCAGGUAUUACUGGAUCUUUUAAAAAAUGUUUUGGUCUAA